UAGAACUAGGCAGAGAAGCAGCAGCAAGCAAGACGUAGAACGAUGGUGGCCAAGGCGAAGAUGAGCGCCAUGGAGUUGGAGAUGGAGAAGGUGAUGAGCGACGGGGAGGUGGUGCUCGGCGGCGCCGGGGACGAGGAGGACGACGUGGUGCUGCCGGGGUACCGGUUCCACCCCACCGACGAGGAGCUGGUCACCUUCUACCUCCGCCGCAAGGUGGCCAGGAAGUCGCUCCGCAUCGAGGUCAUCCGGGAGAUGGACAUCUACAAGCACGACCCAUGGGAUCUCCCCAAGGCGAGCACGGUUGGUGGGGAGAAAGAGUGGUACUUCUUCUGCCUCAGGGGGAGGAAGUACCGGAACAGCAUCCGGCCCAACCGGGUCACAAGCUCCGGCUUCUGGAAGGCCACGGGCAUCGACCGGCCCAUCUACUCCGCCGGCGGCUCCGGCUCCGGCGUGUCCGUUGGGCUGAAGAAAUCCCUCGUCUACUACCGCGGCAGUGCUGGCAAGGGCACCAAGACCGACUGGAUGAUGCACGAGUUCCGCCUACCGCCGGCCGCGGCCACCAACGCCUCCCCGAGCAUGCAGGAAGCGGAGGUGUGGACCAUCUGCAGGAUCUUCAGGAGGACCAUCACCUACCGGAAGCAGCAGCAGCCGUGGAGGCCGGCGCCCGCGCCGUCCGCCGCCGACUCGAGCUCCAACACGGGGAGCUUUCAGUCGUCCGAGGCCAGCGACGAAUACAUGAACUGCCUGCAGGCUCCGGCACCCGCCGCUCCGUACAUCCCCCAGCAGCAGCAGCAGCACCAGUACGUCAGUCAGACGAGCACGGUGGACAGCGGCAAUUUCCUCUACGAGGACAACAUGCACAACCAGCAGUUCCAGGGGGAAUGGAACGCCGCACCCGCCGCGCCGGUGCCGGAGCAGAAACAGCAGAAUCCAUUGUCGACGGCCGUCGCCCUCCACCAGAAUGACCAUAGCCACGCCGUCGCCGCGAACGAUUUCUACAAGGUCGAGGGGUACUUGGAGGAGAUCGCUAGGAUGUUGGAGGUCACCGAUUCGGCAGGGCUUUACGACUACAGAUCAUAAUGUUGAUCAGCAGUAAACUCUUCGGCUCCGUAGGAUCCCACGAGUUCGCCGACGGGCCGGUCACUCCUGCCGCCUCGAUGGCCGCCGUUGCGCCCGGCGGCUUCGGUAACACUCGGCUGCUUCGGAAACUGAAAGGGACGGCGGAACAGCGACAGUGUCUGGAAACCGACGAUGGCGACAAGCGACCGGGUAGUACUCGGCUUCUACCUUCUGUGGUGCCUGUGGAUUGGUUGAAUCGGGUCAUCGGAAGGUCUUGAAAUGGAGUAGUGUGGUCUCGGGUUGUCCGGGGAAGCAGCAGUCUUCAUUGCUGGGCUCAUGUACCUGAUUAGUUGGGUCCAUCUUGUCCUUGUUAACAUGUAACAAUGUCACUGAUAUCAUAGCUAGUCCUGUACAAUUGAAAUGAUGUAGGUAAGAUUGUUUUUUGAGUUAGAGCAAACUAU